AUGAAAUAUUAUUAUCAAUUUAAAGCUAUCAUAUCAGGAGCAAAAGCAGUUGGUAAAAAAACAAUCCUUAAAUCAUUGGACUCUUCAACUGAUCUUAAAACUGUUUAAUUACAUGAUAAAAUGCAAGAAACACUAUUUAUCUAUGAAUUCUAAAAAGAUGAAUCCUACAUUCCAGAUGCACUUUGCUUUCUGAUAGUGUGUGACUAAUCAUCGUAAUCAAUCCAAUAUGCCAAAUCAAAGUACAUAUUUUCAUCUAUUUUCAUAGAAUUCAAAUAGUACUUAAAUAACUGAAUCGUUCCUAUUAAUUUAUUGUUCUCAUCAACAACAAAGUAGAUUCCCAAUUAUCACUUUAAGACGAAUUAGAAAAUUAUUGCGCUUAAAAUCAAAUAAAUUUCAUAGCAACAAGUGCUAAAUUUGGAACCAACGUUGUGCUACUCUAAAAUCUUCUUAGAAUCAAGGCUCAAUUGAUAAUGAAAAAAUGUUAAAUCCAACCAUUUCCUCUAGAAUCUAAUAGAGAAAAAGAAUUUGAAACCAUCGAUCACCAAAUUAAAUAAGCCACCCAGAACAGACCACUACCAUAAACACCCUAAUCCUCAGGAAACAAAGAAAACUAAUCAGAUUAUAAGAGCAUCAAGAGUGAAACCGUAGAGAGUUUUAGAGCAUUUGAAUUAAUCCAAGAUAAAUCAACGUAGCAUAAUGAUACCAUAAAUAUUCUCACAUAAAGCACUUCAUACUAAAAUUGCCAAAUACAAAAUUCACAAGUCCUACCAAGCACAAAAAGAGCGUAUCUUGAUUUAAACACCAAUUGUCGAUUGAGAUCAUCUUCACCUAUAUCAAAGAUACUAAUAUGUUUAUAAAUUGAAUUGAAUGAGUAAUUAAAAUAGAAUUAUGAUAGUUAGAUAUUCAAAGUGGAUGUCUAUUUUGAUGAUUCCUAUCCCCUGAUUGUUGAGAGAAUUUGCUCCACUAUGCAGAAGAAGGUUAAGCAAACUGCCAAAAAAUAAUUGAUGUCCAUUAUUGAAACACAUGUCACUUCCUUUAUACAAAGGCUGAAUCAAUAAUUCUAAGAAAAGAGAUGUAAAAUAUCAAUAUAAAUAAUUGAAGAUUUGAGAGUUAAAGAUUGCUACGAGAAGUUUAUCUCCAUACACAAUCAACAAAUAUAGUAGAGACCAGUUAUUGGAAUAAUAGCCCUGUUAAUUUAAUCUUAGAUAAUUAAAAUUUAAGUGCAUGAAAGCGACGAACCCUAUGAUUUAGCAUUCAAUUCAAUAGUCUAACACAAACUGAAAAAGAGUUGCAUUAGUGCUUUAGUCUAAAAAAUCAAGUUCUUAUAAACUCAAAAGAAUGUCGUGAUAUUGGGAUUCUUUGAUAUUACUCCUCAUGAAUUCAUUGUGUACAAAGGAGAAGACAUUUAGAAGUAAUGUAUCGGUUUUAUCUAUUUAGAAAGUUAUUUCAAUUCUUCAUGCAAUUCAAAUUGGACUAUGAAUAUUAUAGGCUACUCUCAUAAAUAUAAUGA